AUGCGUAUGAGAGCGAAGACAACAGAGUUUCUCAAAGUGCUUAAUCGAGCUCGACCCGAUUAUGCAACAGGCACAAUUCCGGUGAUCAAUCUAGCUCCCGUUGGCGCUGAAGAGGGCUACCAGUUGCACCAGCAAUUGCUUCUUCGAAAACAGUCUACUGCUAGUUUCAACUCAAUCACCUCUGACCCAGCUAGUGAUUGCCUACGCGAGUCUGGCUACGGUUGCUCAGAAAACGGGGCGGCCUAG